AUGAAUAAAAAUAAGCUGAUUCAUGAUUUCCUGGAGGGUAUUUCAAGAGGUGAUGUGGAACUCAUCAGCAGCCAUAUUUCUAAAGUUCAUUCCAUUCUUGGAAACUUAGACUUUCAGCACCCCACAACUGGGAAUACUGCUCUCAUUACUGCUGCAGAAAGAAAUUUAAUAGAGGUUAUUGAAUUUCUUUUGGAAAAAGGAGCAGAUGUAACACUCUGCAACUACUAUAAUCAGACAGCUGUCCACGUAGCUAACAAUGCUGUCCAAAGACAACUUCUCCUGGCCAUCAAUGGAACUCGUGCUCCUUAUUUGCGAUUGCUACAAACUUCCUGGCAAGGUGACCUGCAGGAACUUCAGCACUUGCUGGCAUCAGAAAAAUCCCUGGAUAUAAAUUUCCCAAAUCAACAUGGAUUGACUCCUCUGAUGCUGGCAGUGAGAGAUGUUGACCUUUUUGAAAGCCUUGAUAUGUUAACAGAGUACAGACCCAUUGAACUUCUUUCAGAACUUCUCAAGCAUAAUGCAGAUCCCAAGCUCUGUGAUGUCAAUGGAAAAUCAGCAAUGCAUUAUGUAUCACAAAUAAGAAGUUCAAAGAAGCAGCAAUUACUAGACAUACUGAUGAAUUCUUUACCCAGACCAGAACAAUAUCCUGAAUCCUUGCUUGACAUUUGUUACUAUGCAGAUCCUUCUGAAUCUGAAAUACUGAUGACUGCCAAAAGCCAAAACAUCAUCUUGCAAAGCAUUAGCAGCAGCGAGGAGUCUGACUAUGAUGAAGAUUUUAGUCAUUCUACAUGGAGCAGUGAAGAUGAAAGCCCACAUGAGGAUGUACAGGAUUAUGGAAAUAAGACAAAAGGUGAUGAAAUUAUUAUUACUUUUCAAAGAGAAGACAACAGUCCCAAACAAAUGAGCAAAGUUGACAAUGAUUCUGAAGUACGCAAUCAGAAGACAUCAGUGCACAAAAAGUGGGCAAGUGAACGAUCUCUUUCUCUUCCAAAUGAAACUGAGAUGGUGGAAUUUAAAAUCAGGCAACAGACUCUGUUCCCUUUCCUUCUUAAGAAAGAGGAAAGCUUAAAAGAGCUGCCUGAUGCUGACCUGGAUUUUCCGGUGCCAAAACAUUGCUCAGAACCUAAUGUUUCCCAGUCUAUGAUGGGUAAGAACACCUUCCGGGUGACAAAGGAGUGUUUUCGACACACUAAAUCUGAUGGUUUUACCAUACAUGCUGUCAGACUUAGCCAAAGAACUGAGUUUCCCUUACCACAACUAUCAUUCUUAUCUACUGGAUCAAGUCAACUUGUUCUUCUAGAAAAUAACAAGCUUCUUAAAAAGACAGAAAGACAUUUUACAAGCACCCCAAGUCCUAUGCCUGGUCUCAUAGAACCCACGAGUCGGUCUAAUGGUUUUCAGUCACCCAAUAAGUUGCAACAAAUCCAGUCUAAAGUCUCUGUGAACCAUAGCAUCAGAACACCUGAUGGUUACAAUUCUAUUUGGUCUAGGAAUAUGUGCUCUUUUCAGAAGGAUCAUUGGCAUUCAUUAGGUGAGGACUUGAGAGAGCAUGUGGAAAGGGAAGGAAAUCUCAAACAUAGGAAAGUUGAAGAUGGUACCCAACUUGAAGACUCUCACUUUGAAAAAGAUCAGUUGUGUGUGUCCAUUGAGAAUGAGGACAUUUUUAAAGAAGACAACAUCUCCAAAGACAAAGAGAUUGCUCUCCAUGAUGGAGGAAUAAGACAUAUUGAAGAGAAAAAUACUCAAAACACAACAUCAAGAAAUCAACAUGGUUCCUUAAGGAGUAGGAACCAUGAACAAGAACAAGGAGUGACAUAUGCCAUUCAAACUAGCCAAGAAAUUAAUCCUUUAGUAAUGACACAAGACCAGAGUGAAGGUUCUAGAAAUGAGUUUCCCACUUUGAAGAAUGCACCAGGACAUACAGAUGAGACAAGUGAGCAAAAUCAUAUUUCAAAACUUGUUUUUACAACCAUUCCCAUUGUUAUUACUCCUGACCCUUUAGCAAAACUAUCCGAAAGCCACAUGAGCAGAGAGACAUCUACAAAAAUAGCAUCAGAAACAACAGGAACAGAAAUGAGUGAAAUGGUCCCUCUGGUCUGCAUUACUUUUCCUGGAAAUGAAUGUCCCAGGGAGCCAUCCAUAGCCAAACAGGAUCUCUCAAAGAGAAAGAGUAUUCUUCAUAGCAAUAACAACACCUUUCAUAGAUUUGCUCACCAAGAAAAUGAUAAGCGUAGGAUGAAAACCUAUAGGAAGAAAUUGGAUUCAAAGACAAAGAUGAAUAGCAAGAUACCUCAGAGUCCUACAAUUUCUAUUGAAGGUUCCAUCAAACCUACUGUUCAGAAAGCAAGUAUGAAAAGGCAAGUGUUUCCCACUUUAGGGCUUGAUGAGUCCAGGCCCAGGCAAUCAACCAAGCUUCAGAAGAGAGGACAACACACAGGGGAGAAACCAUUAAACUUCCAUGCUUUGAAACCCCAAAGACAAGGAUUUCCUUGUAUCUGCAAAAAUUCGGAACCAAAAAAACCUACUGCUCCUGUUUCUGUUCCUCCAGCAAAAUCAAACUUUAAUUUUUUGGACCUGAAAUAUAGUGAUAUGUUUAAGGAAAUCAAUUCAACUGACAAAGGACCAGGAAUUUAUGAAAUGUUUGGGACUCCUGUAUAUUGUUAUGUCAGAGAAGCUGGGCGUGAGGAAAACAAAUUCUAUAGGGAAACAAAUUCUGCUCCACCUGGAAGAUGUCUUUCAAAUAAGUGUUGUUCCAUAAAUGAAAGAAAUGGCAAUGGCAGAGUAAGGAUUUCCCAGAAAAAGGGACAUAUAAAACCCCCAAAGACUUCUCUUGGCAUUAAACAAAAGCACAAAAAUUUAACUUCAAAAGAAAAAAUUCCUAAGUCUACAGCAAGUAUCAUAGAAAAUAUGCAAAAUGAUGAUGUAAUUUCAGAACCUGAUUGCCAUAUGAAAUCUUCAGGAAAUACUUCUCCCUCUUGUAAAGAUGGAGCUCAACCCCUUAAUUCCAUUCAGUCUCCAGAGGACCUUACUGCACACCAAAACCAGAAUGAACCCACUUCUACCUCAGAUUUGUCUAGUAUGGAAAAAGAUUCUGUGGAACAAUCCGUAAGUCAUUCCCCCAGUCAAAUACUUGCCACAAGUCUCAGAGAUCUACAUGAACUUGAAGAGAAACAUCAAACCAAAUCUGUAGCUUCAGUGAAUAUCUGGCUAAGGCCAAGUCAGGAGAAUGCCAUUGAGUCUGUACUACAAAAAAGAUUAAAUAUGGAGACUCUUGAAAAUCUCAAAGUCAGUCAGACUCUUUCUGAAACCCCAAGAGAUGACAGAGUUUCCAAUAAUCUUCAAACACCGAGUGCUAUCUCUUUCCUGGAGAAAUCAAAAAGUAUAUCUUCUCAGGUACCUCUAAACCAAAACUGGACAUAUUCAAUGGAAGAUAAUACUUUAGCAAAUAAGUCAGUUACAUAUCAGAAUUCUGAAAAAUCUUUAAGUGUUACAAGCUCGGUUUCUAUGGACUCUCUGGAAUCUGAAAAUAACGAACAAGUGACAGAUGAAUUACUGGGUUGUUUAGCUGCAGAACUAUUAGCUCUUGAGGAAAAAGACAGUAAAUCCUGGCAAAUGGUGACAAAUGACACAAAUUCUGAAGCACAAAAUCCAACCAUCAGUGGAAGAGUAAAUGCCUUCCAAGACCUUGACAAAGAGACACCAAGAUUCAAAAUGCAGAAGUAUAGUAAUAAUUUCUGGCUCUCUGACGAUGAAAAGCCUUUCUUCAGUUUGAAUGAAAAGCCAUUUUCUGAAAACAGUUUAAAGCAUGAAGAGCCUAUUCUAUGGACCAAAGGUGAAAUCCUUGGGAAGGGCGCAUAUGGCACGGUAUACUGUGGUCUCACAAGUCAGGGCCAACUCAUAGCUGUGAAACAAGUAGCUUUGGAUACCUCUGAUCAAGUAGCUAAUGAGAGAGAAUAUCAGAAACUGCAAGAAGAAGUGGACUUGCUUAAGGUACUGAAACAUGUCAACAUUGUGGCUUACUUGGGAACAUGCUUAGAAAAGAACCUUGUAAGUAUUUUCAUGGAGUUUGUUCCUGGUGGCUCUAUUUCUAGUAUUAUAAGCCGUUUUGGACCCCUGCCUGAGAUGGUGAUUUCCAAAUACACCAAACAAAUUCUCCAAGGAGUAGCCUAUUUGCAUGAGAACUGUGUGGUACACAGAGAUAUCAAAGGGAAUAAUGUUAUGCUCAUGCCGACUGGAAUAAUAAAACUGAUUGACUUUGGAUGUGCCAGGCGUUUGGCCUAUGUAAGCUUGACAGGCACUCAUAGUGAAAUGCUUAAGUCUAUGCAUGGAACACCAUAUUGGAUGGCACCUGAAGUCAUCAAUGAAUCUGGCUAUGGAAGGAAGUCAGACAUCUGGAGUAUUGGCUGCACUGUAUUUGAGAUGGCUACUGGGAAACCACCUUUGGCUUCUAUGGACAGGAUGGCAGCAAUGUUUUACAUUGGCACUCAUAGAGGGCUAAUGCCUUCUUUACCAGGCCACUUUUCAGAAAAUGCAGCAGACUUUGUACGUGUUUGUUUAACCAGGGACCAACAUGAUCGACCAUCUGCUCUGCAGCUCCUGGAGCACACUUUCCUUCAGAGGAGUCACUGAGUGGAUCUGGAGACACUCCACAGAAGUUCAUAUCUACAGAUGUUUAGUUGUUUCAAAACUACAGGGAAGAAAAAUUAAGAGUCAUGGAUUUUCUUGUUGGAAAUCCAGUCUAAUCCGAACUUAGCCAAAACUUUUGGUUGCAUCAACUGAAAAUGUUAUCAUCAUAGAAGAGCAUUCUCCCAUUUGUUCAGGGCUUCAUGAAUAUGUGAAGGCAUACCACCUCAAGAGCCAGUUAAAUUUCAGUGUGAGCAUUUGCAUCUCAGAAAUCUUCAAAUGCUAUAAAUGAGGACUGAUUUAUGAAUUUCUAGGUUUAAAAUGAUUGUGAAAAUGUUAAUAAUGUAGUUUAAAUUUAAAAGUGUCUCGUUUUGGGGGGGCAAAUUGAUUGUUAGACAUUUACCAAUAUACCCCCUAAUUCCAUGUAUAUAUGCAAAUAUAUAUUGUUUUUGAAACUCAUACUAGUAUUUCCAAUGUGC